CAUCUCAGUCGCAGUCCCGGAGCAGGCCCAGCUUCUCACCUCCGAACUGCAGCCCCGACCGAGACGCGGACCCGGACCUGGAGCGGGUCCCGGAGCUUCUCCGACGUCAGCGCAGGGAGCAGGAUUCCCUGCAAUAACUUCCUCCGCUAGGCUCCGUCACCCCCGCGAGUCCCGGGUGCGCACCUGCAAACUCCGCCUUGUGCACCUGCUGCCCCUGAGCCAGCGCGGGCGCCCGAGCGAGUCAUGGCCAACGCGGGGUUGCAGCUGCUGGGCUUCAUCCUGGCGUUUCUGGGCUGGAUCGGCUCCAUCGUCAGCACGGCGCUGCCCCAGUGGAAAGUUUACUCCUAUGCUAGUGACAACAUCGUGACGGCCCAGGCCAUCUACGAGGGGCUGUGGAUGUCCUGCGUGUCGCAGAGCACCGGGCAGAUCCAGUGCAAAGUCUUCGACUCCUUGCUGAAUCUGAACAGCACUCUGCAAGCAACCCGUGCCUUGAUGGUGAUUGGCAUCCUGCUGGGACUAAUAGCCAUCUUUGUGGCCACCGUUGGCAUGAAGUGUAUGAAGUGCAUGGAAGAUGAUGAGGCACAGAAGAUGCGGAUGGCUGUCUUUGGGGGCGUGAUCUUUCUUAUUUCAGGUCUGGCUAUUUUAGUUGCCACAGCAUGGUAUGGCAAUAGAAUUGUUCAAGAAUUCUAUGACCCCAUGACCCCGGUCAAUGCCAGGUAUGAAUUUGGUCAGGCUCUCUUCAUUGGCUGGGCCGCUGCUUCUCUCUGCCUUCUGGGAGGUGCCCUGCUAUGCUGCUCCUGUCCCCGGAAAGCAACAUCUUACCCAACACCCAGGCCCUACCCCAAGCCAGCACCUUCCAGUGGGAAAGACUAUGUGUGACAUAGAAGUGAAAGCUGACAACCCUGUUGGAACCAACAGAAAAUGGACAUUGAAAUAUUGGCAUUGACAUUAAGAUCUUAGCUUUUGACUAUUGUAGUCUGAACUGUGGUAUUACAGCAAAAAACAUAUUUUUUUAAAAAAUAUCCAUUGCUAAAAAUGACUUAGCCUUAUCUUAUCUCCUUUCCUCAAUAGAGAGGGGAAGCGCUUUCCAUUUGUAUUACUGCUUCCCACUGAGUAAUCAUCUCAAAUGAGGGGAGAGAGCAUUUCUUAAAUAUAUAUAGAUAUGUACAUAAACAUGUUUUUCUAUAAAAAAUUAGUAAGAGUUCUUAUUCUCAUUGUAUUGGUACCAGUAUUCUUAAAACAUAUCUAAAAAAUGAAAAAAAUAUUUAAUUCUUGAUUAAGUCAUUUAUUUGGUAUUUUUCAAAUUCUUCUUUCUUUAUGUAUACAUAUCUAAUAGGUCAAAUAUCACUUACCCUCCUUCAGAAGCUUUUAGUGUCUUUCACAGAAGACCUGACCUGCUUUUACCAAGUAUGAAUUAUUUCAGUUCUUCACAUGUGCCCUCUUUAUAUGUUUGUAUCAUAUUUUUUUUUACCAUGAUCUUUUAGCACUUGCUGUGUCAUCAUUCAGUCAUUCUUCAUGCCUUUGUUUUUUGUGAGGUUGAGCUUAACUCUUGAAUCUGAUAACACAUUUUAUAUGCCUAUAGGUUAAUUCCUAAAGUCAGUAAGAGUCUCUUGCAGACCAGAGCUUUGGGAGCAAAUCUUUCUGUGUGUGACUAGAUGGUAUGUUCCUGUUGACUUUCCCAUACGCCUCCUGUACCCUGACCUCUAACACACUUAUUUGCUUUGAAAAUAUUUGUCCCAUUGAAGAACUGUGUGCCGCUUUUCCAAGUAACACAAUUCUAUUGAUUGAAUUUUUUGAGCUACUUAUUCACAGUUAUAUACCCUCCCAUACUACCUAUUCUUCUCCCCUUCCUUAACUGUAUUGUUUUCUUGUAUAGCUUACCUCUUCCCAGAGAGGAACAGACUGUUUGAAUGAAGUACUCGAAUUUCUAUAGUGAUAAUCUGAUGACAAAUAUUCUCUCUGUAGCUUAUGGGCAAGUCACUUAAUCUUUCUCCUCUUUUCCCAUCUGUCAAAUUGAGAUAAUGAUAGUUAACCAGCUGGUAGAGUGAUGUGAGUAUUAAUUAGUUGAUAUUAUGCUCAUUCUUUGAACAUGAAAUAUGCCUAAGUAGUGUUUCUAUUUGCUAAAUUGGCUGUUAAGAAGUCGUUGAACCAAACCUACACACAGGCCUUCCCAUGGCUAGGCACCUUCCUGUCUCCACAGGCCUGUUUCCUUCCUUUCAGCUGUGGCCACCAUUCUGUUCCAUUUUAACCAUUGCUCUUAGUUUUCCAGUUUGUGGAAAAUAACUCCUUCACUUCAGCAAGAUGUUGUAAUGGAAAGGGUGUUGACUUCAGUGUCUGGAGACUUGAUUUGAGUCUUGGUGCUAUCAAUUACAGUGUCAGUUUGGGCAAGGCACAGGUUGCCCUAGAUUUAUUGCUUCAUUUCUAAAAAGAGGAUUGUAAUGCCUGAACUGCCUACCUCACAGGGCUAUUGAGGGGAUCCAGCGAGACAGGAUACAUGUAAAUGUGAUUUUGUAAGGUGAAAAGUAUUGUACUGGGGAAAAGAAUUAAGGAAUUUAAGUGCAUAGAUUUUAGACUACUUUUCAAAUGACUGAAAAGAGAAAUUUUAAGAAAUGGAUUUCCUGUCUUAACCAACCUCUCAAGUGAGGAGACAAGUGAAUUUCAGCUUGCUAAGUGAAAAAAAAAAAGAGGUUUAAGGAAGUCUUAGUUUUCUUUGAUCAGUGUGGCCUGAUACUUUUUGUGUGGCUAAGAUUUUCUCCUUUCAGGAAUGCAGACUUGACCUAGAACAAGUUUGCAGAUGUAAUGGGUAAAACAGAAGUGUAAGUGUUGACCAAAGAAUGGAAGAUUUUUUGAGUUUUAAUAACUUGUAAGGGUAUACAAGAUGGAUAUUGGUUAAGUGAUGUUAUCAGAGGUAUUGCUACUAGCUGGCAGCUAACAUAGCUAGGAUAGAUAGUUUAGAAAAAACCUAGUAAAUUUUAGUGUGUCUUCCAAACCUGAAACUCUAUGCUCCUAGAAUGUAUAAUUCAAAGAAUCUCUGCUACCUUCAUAGAUCCUAAUGAUGGGCAAGUAUUAAUACAUGUGGUUACUCGUUGGUAAACUCUGAAAAGAAAUCCAUAGUACAAAAUGGCCAACAGAAUUGUGACACCAGAAUCUGUCUGACUUUGAUAUUUUUGUACUCUGCUACCCUACUUGGAUAGAUAUUUCAGGGUUUUGUAAUGGGAAUUUGUAUAAAGCAUUAUUCUUUUUCAAUAAAUUUUUUAAUAUAAA